UAACCAAUCAGCGCCACGGGAAAUGUGUCAUGCGCGACAGAGAUGAUGGCAGUAUGGCUCGUGAAGGUUAACGAUAGCUGAAACGUUGAAAGUACAGUUAUUAUUAAACUGCGGCUAACUGUGUUUUAGUAGCGUUUAUAGCGCGUUUGACUAAACAACGGUACGUUGUUCCUCACAGGCUCCAGACUCAGCAGUCAUGGCCGGUCUGUCCACCUAUGCCAUGCGCAUGGCCAGACUGAGCGCGCAGAUCUUCGGGGAGGUUGUGCAUCCGACAGACUCCAAAUCUAUGAAGGUGGUCCAGCUGUUCCAGGAACCCCCUAUGGCCAAGAGGAAGGAGGUGUACGACUGGUACCCACAUCAUAAGAUUUACUAUGGCAUGACCCAGAAGCUCAGGUUCCUGGGACUGUUCAGAGAUGAGCAUGAAGACUUCAAGGAGGAGAUGUGUCGGCUGAAGAAACUGAGAGGAAAAGGGAAACCAAAGAAGGGAGAGGGAAAGAGAGCAAGCAAGAAGAAAUGAGCUACAGCAUUUCCUCUGCUCCUUCUUUACAUAGGAUUUGUGUUUUUGUUUUAUUGUGUUUUCUUUAAGAAGGCAAACAGUGUUGGACUGUGCACUGUCACUGGGGGAGCUUUUCUAUGUUUGCAAGAAUAAUAGCUUAAGUUAGCAUUACAUGUGAAACAUCUCUCUUGGUUGUGUUUUUGAACAGUGUUGAAACACUAUGGAGCUAUAAACAGCCAAUCAAAUGCUAAUGUGAUUAUAAUUAUGAUUGUACAUACACAACAGUAAGAAACCUGUGGUCAUGUCUUUUAAAGCUUCAUGGUUAAUAAUACAUUUUGGUCUAUUGUACCUCAUGUUGUAGCUGGUGUUAGCUUAAAGCUGCAGUAGGAAACUUUUAUAAAAAAAUAACUUUUUUGUCAUA